AUGAAUGCGCUGUCUGCCCAAGCCUCUGUGCUCGUAACAAGAGCAGCACUUGUGCACAAGAACACGGUCGCUCAAGCUGAAAUUUUCGGGAGAGCAUACCUCUCACUGCCUCGGAUCUUUUCCCGGGCGGUGGCGAAAGCCGUUGAACUCCAUAUCGCCUCCGAGCAAGAAAUGCGUUUUCUUUUACUGCUUCUUCUCGCAUAUGUUUUCGCAUUUGUGUAUCGGUGUCUGCCAUCGGCUAGAUGGCGCCACCUGCUAUCGGUCUACGGUGGAGCGCUUCUGGGUCAGAAUUUUUGCGGUGCAACGGGUUGGCUCUAUCCACUGACGGCAGCGCUCGUCAGUUUUCAGCUAAUGCACUUGAUGGGACCAUCCCGAGCAGCCCCGAUCGUCUUCGCGUUCAAUCUCAUAUUCCUAUUCUCUCUCCAUCUUCAUCGACAACUGACGGAUCCUUUUGGAUGGCACCUCGAUGCAACAUUCAUGCAAAUGAUCGUGACCCAAAAGCUGUCCUCCCUGGCCUGGAGUGUUUCGGACGGUUCACCCAAGUCACUCUCGACGGGCUUGUCCCGUGCCAGGGCAGAAUUUGCGGUGCGGGAGAUUCCGCUCUUGUUAGAAACGCUAGCUUACGCCUUCUUUCCGCCCUGUUUUCUAAUGGGACCAGCCUUCGAGUACAUGGACUGGUAUCGCAAUGCGCACGAUUUGGCGCCAGCACUUCAGCUCAACAAUGCAGGCAGCAAUGAAUCUGGUGCCCAAGUGCCAGAGAUGCGGCGCCCGAAUAUACUUGAGCUGUCUGUUGCUUCUCUCGCCCGUUUCCUUCAGGCGGCGCUGUUACUGCUUUGUUUCCAACUCGCGAAUAUGAAAUUACCGAGUGAUCUUCUUGCUGACCAGAACUGGCUUCUCCGAAACCGUGCCGAAGGAUUAUGGCGGUUGUACCUGCGAAUCUGGCUCUCUCUGCUGGGACUCCGUUGCAAGUACUACUUUGGAUUCAAAAUAUCCGAGGGUGCUGCAAUCUUGUCUGGAAUUGGUUUCAGUGGUUACGUGGACUCGGUGGAGCCGAACUCUGGUGAUCCUGGGACUCGUCCACCGGCUAUAGUAAGAACCCGAAAACCGCGACCCCGCUUCGAUCGAGUCCGCACCAUUGAUAUCCUGGCAUUCGAGCUGGCUGGUAGUCUGAAAGACGCAGCGGCAGCGUGGAACAAGCCCACAAACACCUGGCUGAGACGUUGUGUUUAUGAGCGCUUACCUCGCAAAUAUCAGCUCGAUCUUUACGGGACUUACGUUGUAUCGGCGAUCUGGCAUGGCAUAGCUCCAGGUUAUUAUAUGUUUUUUGUUACAAGUGCAUUCUUGACAAGCCUUGAGCGGGAAUGGCGGCGAUUGUUCCGAAGCCUCGGCUUGGCUCAAAAGCUUCAGAGAAAUCGCCUUUCUGCCGCAGUGGUACGAGUCAUCACCUUGGUAUGGACGAGCGCAACGCUGAACUAUUUCAUUAUAUCAUUCGUGAUGCUUACUCGAGAUCGCACCUUGCGCGUUUGGUCAGCGCUCUCAUACUGGGGCCACAAAAUGCUUCUGCUGGAUCUGCUUGUUUUAUUGGUGGCGCGGAUCCUUGUCUCUUGCCUGGGCGCAAGCGCUCGAAAAGAAAGAUCACAGUUGCGUGCAUGA